AUGUUAUCCCCUGACGACUCUAGGGCUCCCACCCCUGACAAUGUUACCAUCACGAAGUCUGAGUAUGAAGAUCUGUUACGCUUGGCUCAUGAAUACAGUAAUUUGAGAGCAUCACUGCUUAACGGUGGCCUGUCCCAAGAGACUCUUGAUGUAUUGAUCGAAGAGCCCGGUGACGCCCCUCAAAUGGCUACCCUUCCUAGCCAUAAUUGCCCACGACCCAGUGAGAAGAGCGAGGGCUCUCAGGAGAGCGAGAACAGAGCAACCCGUUCUUCCCAGAUAGAGAACCUCUUGGAAGGAGCACCAAGGCACGGUCAAAAUAAGGCCACCAAUCCUUUUAGAGCCGACGGCAAUGGCUCCAGUAGCGAUAGCUUCGCCAAUAUGCAGCAGUCUUCUCCACAACCUGAUUACCGUACUCUCGUUCUUCGCGAAUUGCCAGAUCGCUGCUCCCAUCGUGAGAUCGUCGAGGUCAUCCGAGGAGGGUCACUUCUUGAAAUUUAUUUGAGACCGCGAGAAAAAUCGGCCAGCGUCUCCUUUGUGACAGCGGCUGAUGCUAAAAGUUUUCUGGACUACGCACAGAGGUACAAAAUCUACAUUUUGGGAAAACGCAUUGAAGUUUCUUGGAACGACCGUCAGUUUCAGGUUCAUUCUUACCUCGCAGCCGCAAUUGGAAAGGGUGCAUCACGGAACAUACUGAUAUGUGGGAUCAAUCCAAACAUAACUGAAGCACUUAUCCGCGAGCAACUGGACCAUAUCCAUAAUCUCGUGGUACUGAGCGUCAGGUUCUAUCAAAGAAACGCCUACAUAUCCACCAAUUCGAUCCACAAUGCUAUGUACGCACGGUCCUGCUUGAUGUCUCGCACGAUAUACAAGGGUAUGAAGAUCUGCUAUUACCAUGAUGAGUGUGCGAGACCGAUACAUGGGGAUCUUCAACGUACGACGGAGCAACCCACCCGACGAUCUGAAAAUUCAGACCGUUCUGCCAACCGAUAUCAGGUUCUGGCUGUUGAUGGUUCUGAUGAGCUUGAGAACUAUUCUGACGAUGAGGUCUCGGACCUGAUUCCAUUCGAUGAAAAGAUCGUUUCGAUGUUGGAACCACUGAUAAUGUCCACCUGAGAAUGGUCACACUUGUGUAGCACUUUCGAGGAACCUGCUCGAUUUCUAAAAGAUUGCGCAUAAUCGUGGACAGAAGGUUUUCAAAGUGAAGGCGAGCUUACACAGGCUUGAUGCUAUUAUCCCACUCCUUUCCGGCCAAAUUAGUCACAAAUUGUAUUAUUACUGAGAAUAAAGAAAUAGAAUGACUUUUGAAUUUCUCUUCCAUAAUCAAGACUCAGAACGCCU